AUGCAACUUGAUCUGGAAUCAUUGUCUGAAGCUACUUCCGGAGCAAUUGGAUCCCUUGUCAGCACCACCGUCUUGUACCCACUUGAUACAUGUAAAACCAAAUAUCAAGCUGAAGUUCAAGCUCGUAAUCAGAGAAAAUAUAGGAGAAUUUCUGAUGUUCUAUGGGAAGCAGUUUCUAAACGUCAGGUGCUUUCUUUGUACCAAGGCCUUGGGACGAAAAAUGUCCAAUCCUUCAUUUCGUCGUUUAUUUAUUUCUAUGGAUACAGCUACUUUAAGAAACUAUAUUUGAAACAAACUGGAAACAAGAGCAUUGGAACAACAGCAAACUUGAUUGCCGCUACUAUGUCUGGCGUUUGUACUAUACUAAUAACACAGCCCUUAGAUACAGCAUCCUCGAGGAUGCAAACAAGUGAAUUUGGAAAAUCCAAGGGACUAUGGCAGACCUUAUCAGAGGGUACCUGGAGUGAGGCAUAUGAUGGCCUGGCCAUAUCUGUUCUUUUAACAACAAACCCAUCUAUUCAGUAUACUGCAUUCGAUCAGCUGAAAAACAGACUACUAAAGGGAAAAGUGAGCAAGAAGACCGAUGCAAAGUCGUCCCCAGAAUCGCUGUCUGCAUUUAAUGCUUUCUUACUGGGUGCAGUUUCAAAAUGCGCAGCUACAUGCUUGACAUACCCGGCUAUCAGGUGUAAAGUUACGAUUCAGGCUGCUGAUUCAUAUGAUAAUAAGAGUACAGAAGCGGAGAAGAAGGCACAGAAGACAAUCUCUGGAGCACUCUAUACAAUUUGGAAAAGAGAAGGCCUCUUGGGAUUUUACAAUGGAUUGCAGGCGCAGAUAUUGAAAACUGUUCUCAGCUCUGCAUUACUUCUGAUGGUAAAGGAGAAGAUCACAAAGUCGACAUGGAUUCUGAUGCUCAUGAUUGGAAGAUACUUUUCUGCCUAUCCCCCCAAAUUGAAAGCACCUUGA